GGCGCGCCCGCCCAUCCCCCGCUGCCCUUUUUUUCCUGACUGGGUACGAGGGAGCAUGCCCGCACCUGGCCGCGGCCAGCCAGGAGUUAAGCUUAGGGGCGUGGAGCUGCCCCCCGCUCGGGGGCGUGCCCUCCUCCCCCGCUAGGCGGCCCGCCCCCCGAGGUAAGGUAUGGCUCCCGGCCCGGGCCCGGGCCCCCAGGUCCCGCGCAACGGCCAGUGAAAGGCAUAUUCCUGUUCCCGCUCUCCUUACCUCGCCCGCCAGCACCAUGGGAUGUAAUAUGUGCGUGGUCCAGAAGCCGGAGGAGCAGUACAAAGUGAUGCUUCAGGUAAACGGAAAGGAGCUCUCCAAGCUGUCUCAGGAGCAAACUCUGGAGGCCCUGCGCUCCUCCAAGGAGCCCCUGGUGAUCCAGGUGCUGAGACGCAGCCCCCGCCUCCGGGGGGACAGCUCCUGCCCUGACCUGCAACUGGUGGACAGUGGCACUCAGACCGACAUCACCUUCGAGCAUAUCAUGGCACUGGGCAAGCUGCGCCCACCCACCCCACCCAUGGCCAUCCUGGAGCCGUACGUCCUCUCUGAGCUGGCUGAGGGAAGACCUUCCUGGCCUGUGAGUCUAGGCUGUCACUGCUGGAAAUGUGGCUCCUUAAGCCACUUGGCUGGCCAGGGCUGAAUCCCUCAGCUCCUCUUCCUCCUCCAUCAUCUGUCCUCUUCUGCCUCAUGAGCAUCACUCCUUGAAUCUUCUUGCAUCCCUUGUCUGUCCCAUUCCUCUACCUGCUCUGAAUUUCCUCCAUCUCUUCUGCUUCUUUCUUUGGCCUGCUCAGAAGAAGGGCCUUUCAUCCACGCUGGUGGCUCAUGACUGCCCCCCUCAUCAGUCAUGAGUAUUAUGACCCAGCGGAGUUCAUGGAGGGCGGCCCACAGGAGGCAGAUCGUAUGGACGAACUGGAGUAUGAGGAGGUGGAGCUGUACAAAAGCAGCCACCGAGACAAGCUUGGCCUGACGGUGUGCUACCGCACAGACGACGAGGAGGACUUGGGCAUCUACAUUGGAGAGGUAAAUCCCAACAGCAUUGCAGCCAAAGACGGCCGGAUCCGCGAGGGAGACCGCAUUAUCCAGAUUAAUGGUGUGGACGUCCAGAACCGGGAAGAGGCGGUGGCCAUCCUGAGCCAGGAAGAGAGUACCAACAUUUCUCUGCUGGUGGCCCGGCCUGAGAGCCAGCUUGCAAGGCGGUGGAAGGACAGUGACCGGGAUGACUUCCUGGAUGACUUUGGCUCUGAGCAUGAGGGGGACCUGCUGGCCCAGAAGCUGAACCCACCCCCUGCCCAGCAGCUUGGACAGGAAGAGGAGAAGGCAGCUCCUGAUGUGGGCCCAGGCCUGAGCAACAGCCAGGAGCUGGACAGUGGGGUAGGCCGCACAGACGAGAGUACCCGAAACGAGGAGAGCUCUGAGCAUGACCUGCUGGGGGAUGAGCCCCCAAGCAAUACCAACACCCCCGGGAGCCUGCGCAAGUUUGGCCUGCAAGGGGAUGUGCUGCAGAGCCGCGACUUCCAUUUCAGCAUGGACUCACUCCUGGCUGAGGGAGCGGGGCUGGGAGGGGGUGAUGUCCCUGGCCUCACGGACGAGGAGUAUGAGCGCUACCGGGAGCUUCUAGAGAUCAAGUGCCACCUGGAGAAUGGCAACCAGCUGGGCCUCAUCUUCCCUCAGGCCUCUGGUGGCAACAACACCCUGGAUGUCAACCGAAAUGAGAGCCUGGGCCAUGAGAUGGCUAUGCUAGAGGAGGAGCUUCGUCACCUGGAAUUUAAGUGCCGCAACAUCCUGCGUGCGCAGAAGAUGCAGCAGCUGCGGGAACGCUGCAUGAAGGCCUGGCUGCUGGAAGAGGAGAGCCUCUAUGACCUAGCAGCCAGUGAGCCCAAGAAGCACGAGCUGUCCGACAUCUCCGAGCUGCCCGAGAAGUCAGACAAAGACAGCACCAGCGCCUACAACACGGGAGAGAGCUGCCGCAGCACCCCUUUGCUUGUGGAGCCCUUGCCAGAGAGUCCCCUACGGCGGGUGGCUGCUGGCAACUCCAACUUGAACCAGACCCCUCCUGGCCCUGCUGCUAUUGUGCCACCCAGGGCAGGUCCGCCACAGGGCAGCCCCGCUAAGUUCCGAUCCCUGUCUCGGGAAUCUGAAGCCUCACCCCGGAGACAGCACGUAGAGGAGCGUGUCCGCCGCAACCCCAAGGCUGCUGCAGUGGCUCUAGAGCACAUGGGCCCUGAAGGCAGCCCUUACCUCUCGCGGCGCCACCGUGGCCAGGGCCAGGAGAGCCAGCACUACCAUAGCUGCAUGCAGCUAGCCCCCCCACGAGGUCUGGAGGAGCUAGGCCAUGGCCCCCUGAGUUUGGCUAGUGGCCCUCAGGUGAGUGGGGUUGCGGCGUCCGAGGCGCCCCGCAUGGAGUGGAAAGUGAAGGUGCGCAGCGACGGGACCCGCUAUGUAGCUAAGCGGCCCGUGCGGGAUCGCCUUCUGAAAGCCCGUGCCCUGAAGAUCCGGGAAGAGCGCAGUGGCAUGACCACGGAUGACGAUGCAGUGAGUGAGAUGAAGAUGGGCCGCUACUGGAGCAAGGAGGAGCGCAAGCAGCAUCUGAUCCGGGCCCGGGAGCAGCGGAAGCGGCGUGAGUUCAUGAUGCAGAGCCGGCUGGAAUGUCUGCGGGAGCAACAGAACAGUGACAGCAAGCCUGAGCUCAACAUCAUUGCUCUGAGCCACCGCAAAACCAUGAAGAAGCGGAACAAGAAGAUCCUGGACAACUGGAUCACCAUCCAGGAGAUGCUGGCCCACGGUGCACGCUCAGCCGAUGGCAAGCGGGUCUACAACCCCCUGCUCUCGGUCACCACCGUGUAAGCCACCCUGGCAGAGCCUGGCCUCGGUCCUCCUGGGCUCAGGCCCUCACUCUCCUUAAAAUCGAGUGUGUUCCUGUGU